AUGCCAAAAUCUAGCAAAGAUUCUCAGCCCGUGGUCACGAAAGUGCUAGAGCCAUCUGAGGAUCUAAAGAACACGCACACAUAUAACGAGAAAAAGGUAUCCAAGAGCCCGAAGAGGUACUACACCUAUAAUCCCUGCAGCACCGUAUGCGUGCCCAAAACUGAACUACACGUCCGUCCCACCGUUCGACCACAGUAACAUCACCCCCUCCCUGUCCCACUCUGUACCAAAACGAAUGAUUGCCGACUACAGCAUACUGCUGUCUGAAGUGCUGUCUG